AUGUCCACGGGUCGGGAUUCACUUGGCGUGGCUGCACUUGACGGCUUCCUUUAUGCGGUGGGCGGCACUGAUGGUAGACACCGUUACAACCUUGUUGAACGCUACGACGUACGACGAAACGAGUGGAUCCGCAUGACACCCAUGAAUACACUAAGAAGUGGACUGGCCGUAUCUGUGCUUAAUGGCUGCUUAUAUGCUGUGGGAGGAGGGGAUGGAAGCUCAAUUUUGGACACUGUCGAAAGAUUUGACCCACGAGUUGAAAUGAUGCGAGCCACU